UUUACCGCCACUACAAGCAAACGGAAGUCCGGUUUUGAGGCUAGUCCGACAACGUGGGAAUUUCGUUUUGUUGCUUUGUACAAGGACUACAUCAAAGUUUCAUCGUGCGGCGAAAGGAUGGCGUAUAGAGGACAAGGACAGAAAGUCCAGAAGGUUAUGGUGCAGCCCAUUAACCUAAUCUUCAGGUAUCUCCAAAAUCGCUCAAGGAUCCAGGUGUGGCUGUAUGAACAGGUCAACAUCAGAAUAGAGGGCUGUAUCAUCGGAUUUGAUGAGUACAUGAACUUGGUUCUUGACGAUUCAGAAGAGGUCCACAUGAAGACACGGAGCAGAAAGCCGCUGGGAAGGAUCAUGUUGAAAGGGGACAACAUCACCUUGCUGCAGAGCGUGUCCAACUGAGAUGGCGCAGACGUCAACAAACCAACCAUUCAUAGAUCAUGCAUACGAUUAUUUUUUUCUCUACUUUUUUCUCUUCCUUUGUUUGCUGAGCGCAAUUAUUGAAAUUGUCAAUUCCUGCAACAUGUUUUUAUUUUGAAAAUAAAUGUUUUGAGCCCCCAAAAA